AUGGCCGGUAGUUUCCUCCCUUACCACGAACCUGGAACUGUCGACAUCCUCAUCGUCAUUUCUUUUUUCUUCUUUCUUUCCCUUGCAAGAUGGAUCUCCGCGACGGCAAUCCAGGCCGGAAUUAUAGGUCAAAUCGCUGUCGGCAUCAUCUAUGGAGUACCCUUGGCCAAUAUCCUUCAGCAUCACUGGCAAGAGACUUUUGUCACUCUUGGAUAUGUUGGCCUAAUUUUGAUCAUUUUCGAAGGCGGUCUUGGCGCCCGCGUCGAUUUGCUUAAACAGAACUUCACUUUGAGUAUGAUCGGCGCAGCAACUGGGGUUUUGUUUCCCAUUGGUCUUUCAUACCUUUUGCUCUACCUUGGCUUUGGAUAUGGGGCAGUUGAGACCUUCAUCAUUGGUGCGUCUCUUUCCGCUACUUCGCUCGGGACCACAUUUGCUGUGAUCAGCUCCACGUCUGACUCGGUCAAUCUCGCCGAGACUCGAGUAGGGUCAGUUCUGGUCAGCGCGGCUGUCAUCGACGAUGUCGUAGGUCUUGUCAUGUUAAGUGUAAUUGGCGAUUUGGGCAAACUUUCAGGUGGCGGCGAUAGUGUCAACCUGGGCUGGCUCAUUGGACGUCCCAUAGUGGCAUCGAUAGGCAUGGCUGUUGUAACGCCUAUCGUCACUAAAUGGGUCUUUGCGCCCUUUUUCCGCAAGUUCAUUGAACACCGCUUUGCGCGCUACGACCAUAUCUCGAACAUCAUCCUCAUGACCCUUGUUCUUUCGGCUUUCAUAGCCAUCGCUGGCUUUACUGGUACAUCCGUCUUAUUUGGUGCCUUCCUGGCGGGUGUAUUUCUUACAUACAUACCGAGCAAGCACCCCGAGGGACCAUUUGUUGUCCUAAGCCGCGAGGAGGGCGAGCGCGAGGCGGAUAAAAGCCCCACUUUCAUUCAUACCUUUGAGAAAUACUUGCUAGGGGCCCAGCAGUAUUUGAUGGAACCAUUGUUCUUCUCAAGUAUCGGAUUCGCGAUUCCGUUCUUGAAGCUGUGGACCGGGGAACGCAUUUGGAAAGGCAUUGUUUACACCCUUCUGAUGACGGUUGCAAAGUGCAUCGUCGGAAUGUGGGUCCCCAUAUGGCAACUCGUUUUGGGAGGUAAAUCUCACAAAGAAGAGCCACACGAAGGGCAGAAAACACGGGGACAACCAAAAAUUGCGGACAACAACCCAAGCGAUGAACAAAGCGACCAGGAGAAGAGGAAGACGUGGAAACGGGCCUGGCUGGCCGCAACACUUUUAGGAUCUGCCAUGGUAGCACGCGGUGAAAUUGGGCUUCUGAUAAUCGAAAUCGGACACAAUGAAACUCCGUACGUUAGUGAUGAAGGUUUCUACACUGGCGUCUGGGCGAUUCUUUUGAAUACCAUCAUUGGCCCAGUUAGCGUUGGUCUUCUGGUUAGAUUCUACGCGCACGAGCUGAAAGGAGGGGAUUGGGGAGUGCAGCGAGCUCCCCUGGCUAUCAUGGCCCACAGUAAUAGUGGGCAUGGAGCGGUAUAG